AUGCAAAUUGCAUUACACGCAAGUCAAGCAAAGAAGGUGGAAACUCCAUCAGAGGAACUAGUAGAACCAGCAUGCAAUUUCUUGGGACCCCUCUCAGAUUAUUGUGAGAUCAAAGGAGAUAUAAGAAUUGAAGCAAAUUCCAGCACCAUCUUCAUUGUUUCGCCUCAAACGACCAUUGCAGCCAAAAAUAAGUCUUGGAGCACACGGCCUUAUGCCAGAAAAGGCAAUGGAGGAGCGAUGAUCAGUGUCAAGAAAUGGACCAUAAAAUUAGUGUCACAUAAUGAGGACAAUAUCCCCAGGUGCAGCAUAAAUCACAGCAUUCCAUCAAUCUUGUUCUCUACAGGAGGGUUUUCAGGAAAUCCAUUCCACGAUUUUUCAGAUUUAUUGGUUCCAAUUUAUUCAACUUCACAAGAAUUUGGAGGUGAGGUACAAUUUCUUGCAACUGAUCAUCAACAUUGGUGGAUAUCAAAGUAUCAAAUGCUUUUCUCUAGGCUCUCCAGACACGAAAUAAUCGCCAUCGAUAAAGAAAAGGAAAUCCAUUGCUACUCAAGAAUGGUUGCAGGGCUUAAAUCGUAUAAAGAGUUUAUCAUCGAUUCAUCAAAGUUUCCAAAUGGUUUGUCCAUGAACCAUUUCAGGCAGUUCCUGAGGAGCACAUAUUCCCUGGAGAGAACUAGAGCGAUCAAACUGAGGAAAGGGGGCGGCCAAAAACCACGAUUAAUGCUAAUUUCGCGAGGUAGAACAAGAAAAUUGACAAACGAAGGUGAAAUCACUCGAAUGGCACGAAAAUUAGGCUAUGAAGUUAUAGUAGCAGAGGCAGGCAUUUCAACAAACUUGACAAGUUUUGCUCAGUUAGUCAAUUCUUGUGAUGUCUUGAUGGGAGUUCAUGGAGCUGGACUAACCAACAUGGUUUUUCUCCCAGAUAAUGCAAUUUUGGUACAAAUAAUUCCCUUGGGAGGCAUUGACGGGCUUGCCAGAGUAGACUUUGGAAUCCCCUCAAAGGAUAUGAACAUAAGAUACUUGGAAUACAAAAUUGAGGCGACAGAGAGCUCUUUAAUUGAGCAGUAUCCUCUUGAUCAUGCAGUUUUUAGAGACCCAUCUUCGUUUCAUAAACAGGGAUGGGGUGCAAUUAGAUCGGUGUACUUGGAUAAACAGAAUGUGAAGAUUGAUUUGCAUAUGUUUAAAUCAACUUUGGUUAAAGCCCUCAAGCUUCUACGCCGUCACUAGUUAAUUAGAGCUAGAUGUGUAAUCAAGAAAGUAUUAGUCCUCUUUCUUUUCUUUUUUUUCUUUAUACUCCUUGUUUUUAUCAAUAUUUAUUACUACUAUA